CUCGCCACAGAAACAUACACAUUGAAAGCUAUUACAGUCAAAAUGGGUUGUGUCUGCAGCAAAAGAUAUCGUGAGGAUGACGAGCCGGCUCCUCGCCCGGUAAGUCCAUCUUCCCCUGUUGUCCGCUCGCCGUCCCCAGAAACCACUGUUGCUGGUCCCGACGGCGCCCUUGAGGUUGAACUCGAGGCUGUCGUCGUCGGGCCUGCACCGGUGGCGCCGAGGGAACGGACCCCGUCCGAGAAACUCCGCAACCUGCGUCGGCUUUGCGGAUUCUCCAGCGAGCCCACGCCAGAACCGGUGCCUGUGAAGCCCGAAUUCGUCGGCCCUCUGCAGGACCCCCGUCGUUGGUGUAUAUCAUCGACGGAGUCUGCGCUAGAGGAGGUGAUUCGGCGCCGAACACAUCCGAUCAACUGGGGGGCUCGCCGAGAUCUGAACCCCUUCGUCAAGAAGGCAAGCCCAGCCGCAGGUCGGGGCUCUCGCGCACGGGGUUCUUCCCAGAGCAACUGAGGAUGGUAGAGAGACUUCAUGGAAGGGUGGACGAGCAGGGUGUUGGGCUUGGUGUUUGCGUCCGCUCGUUUCUUCAGUGCGCCGGCGUUGGGAUCUCACCUUGUGUUUUUUUGCUGCGUUUGGGUGGUGUUUUGAUCUCGUCUUGCGUUUGGGUGGUGCUCUGCUUUCUUGCUGCGUUUGGGUGGUGU